AUGGAUUAUGAACCACCAUUUCUGAAUACAUACAAGACCCUUUUGGAAAAAAGCCUUGAAGAGGAUACAAACUUGUACUCUAUGGUAGAGAGAAGUGAUGAUGUACAACUACCUUUGAUUGAUCUAGAGAGGUUAAGUAACGAAGAGGAAAGAGAUGAAUGCAUGAAAGAAAUAAGUGAAGCUGCAAGUGAAUGGGGGUUCUUUCAGGUUAUAAAUCAUGGAGUUUCAAAUGAGAUUAUGGAGGACAUGAUAUCUGAGCAAAAGAAAUUGUUCCAUGAGCCUUUUGUGAAUAAGUUGUGUGCAGAAACUCUCUUUAAUUUGUCUCCAAAAACAUACAGAUGGGGAAAUCCAUGUGCAACAAAUCUAACACAACUUUCUUGGUUAGAAGCCUUUCAUUUUCCUCUCACAGAUAUACCAAAUAUGGAACAGCACAUAACUCUCAGAUCAAGCCUUGAAGCUUUUGCAACAAGAAUGGCCACUCUUACUGAAAACUUGGUAGAGAUUCUUGCCAUCAAAGUGAAUAUGAAUUCCAACCAUUUCCAAGAGAAUUACUUGCCAAAAAGUUCUUUCAUUCGACUCAAUAGAUAUCCUCCAUGCCCUAUAUCUUCAAAGGUGUAUGGCAUCUUGCCACAUAGUGACACUAGUUUCCUUACCAUCCUUUAUCAAGACCAAAUUGGGGGAUUGCAAUUGAUGAAAGAUGGAAAAUGGGUUGAUGUCAAGCCUAAUCCAAGUGCACUAGUUGUUAAUAUUGGUGAUUUAUUUCAGGCAAUAAGUAAUAAUGUUUACAAAAGCAUUAAGCACAGAGUUGUUGCUGCUGAGGAAGAGAGGUUUUCUACUGCAUUUUUCUAUUGCCCCUUCAAUGAUGCAGUUAUACAAAGUGAAAACAAGCCAGCUCUCUAUAAGAGGUUCACUUUGAGAGAGUAUAGACAACAGACUCUGCAAGAUGUCAAUCAAACAGGUGAUAAAGUUGGCCUCUCUAGAUUUCUUCUAUAG